GGCUGUGACGUUGGACGCACUUGUUCAGGGAGUGUCUUCGCCGACCAAAUGUAUUUUACAAAUACUGAGAUUCCUGUUGUGAAUUUAUAUUGAGUUAAGAAAAAAAAGUGUUAUUAUACAUGAGUAGGCUGAAAACAAUAAAAUAAAUUAGAGAAAGAAGUUUUUGAGACUUGAAGAUGCAGACAAUUAGAGACAACGAGUUGCCGGAAAAUCCACGUGUUCGUGCUAAUCCAUUAUCUGCUCUAUUAUUAUGCUUUACUAUACCGAUAUUUUUCAAAGGACGCAAAAAAACGUUAGACGAAAGAGAUUUAUACAGAGCACUAAAUGAGCAUAAAUCAGAAACCCUCGGUAUUAAAUUAAACAAAGCCUGGAACGAGGAAAUCAAAAAGAAGUGGCUCAAAAAUAAGGCACCGAAUUUACUGUCGGCAGUCAUACGAGUUUUUGGGUUGCCAUUUAUAUCUUUAGGCCUUUUACUGUUCGUGCUGGAAAUGGGACUUCGCGUCACUCAGCCAUUAUUUCUUGGACGUUUAAUCGACUACUAUGCCAACCAAUCGAACAAAGAUGACGAGUACACUGUAUAUAUCUACGCCAUGGGUGUUGUACUUAGUAACGCUAUGAAUGUGCUGUUAAGGCAUCCAUACAUGCUGGGCAUUCAACAUAUUGGCAUGAAGGCUCGUAUCGCCGUUUGUAAUCUGAUUUAUCGGAAGGCGCUACGCUUGAAUAGAAAUGCACUAGGCGGCACCACCAUUGGCCAAGUAGUAAAUCUGAUAUCGAAUGAUGUCGGUCGGUUGGACACGUCCAUCAUGCACGUGCACGUAUUAUGGGUGGGCCCAAUAGAGAUUUUUGUUGUGGCCGUGCUUAUGUAUAAAGAGAUCGGGGUAGCCUCACUUUUUGGCGUUGGUGCACUGUGCACCGACGAGCGCAUACGCAUGAUGAACGAAAUCAUUUCGGGAAUACAGGUGAUCAAGAUGUACGCCUGGGAGAAACCUUUUGGUAAGAUGGUACAGUCUUCUCGCCACAAGGAAAUGAAAUCCGUCCGCAAAGUCAACUACAUCAGCGGCAUACUGCAAUCAUUUGCACUGUAUAUGACGCGCCUAUCCGUCUUUGUCAGCUUGGUGGCGUAUGUGCUCCUAGGAAACUUCCUCUCCGCAGAAAAAGCUUUCGUUAUCACUGCCUUUUACAGCAUUUUGCGAAACACCAUGGUUGUGCAAUUUCCAAAGGGUAUUCAAGAAAUCGCUGAAACGCUUGUGUCUAUGAAGCGUAUAGAGAAGUUCCUCUUGUAUGAAGAAUUUGGUGAUAAAGCGGCGAUAAAUGCAAUCGAUUCCACCAUAACUGACAAAAGCGAAGACUCUAAUGGGAAUAUGAAGUUAACACAAUCAGCGCAGGAAUUAACUCACAAAACAGCUGGGAUUGAAAUACGCGAUUUGAAAGCUAAAUGGGAUAAUACUUUGUUGGAAUAUACCCUAAAUGACAUCAAUUUGAAUGUAAAACCACGCACAUUAGUAGCUGUAAUUGGGCCUGUGGGUUCAGGAAAGUCAAGUUUAAUUCAAGCCAUCCUUGGGGAAUUACCCACCGAAUCAGGUUCCAUUACUGUAUACGGUUCCCACUCAUACGCCUCUCAGGAACCAUGGCUUUUCACCGGUACCAUAAGGCAGAACAUACUCUUCGGCUUGCCAAUGGACAAACGUCGCUAUAAGACUGUGGUGCAAAAGUGUGCUUUGGAACGUGACUUUGAACUGCUACCCAACGGUGACAAGACGAUUGCCGGAGAACGUGGCGCCUCACUUUCAGGCGGCCAAAAAGCGCGUAUCAGCUUAGCACGUGCGGUAUAUCGUAAAGCUGAUGUCUACCUAUUGGAUGAUCCACUCAGCGCUGUAGACACACAUGUCGGUCGCCAUCUCUUCGAUCAGUGCAUGCGUGGCUAUCUGCGUGAAAAAAUCAUUAUUUUGGUGACACAUCAGCUGCAAUUCCUAGAGCAAGCAGACCUCAUUGUUAUAAUGGAAAAGGGUAAGAUGAGCGCUGUGGGCACAUAUGAGUCGAUGCAUAGCAGUGGCUUGGAUUUUGCUAAUUUGCUGACGGCACCAGAUACAAAAAAGGAGGCUGAAGUGGAAAGUAACGUUCAGACGACAGUGCUAAGGUCUUCUCAGAAUGAAUUUAAUCGACAAAGUAGUAUUGCCACAAUGAGUUCGAUGAACGAGUCAAUCGCGGAAUCAUUAGUUGAUGAAGCGGACUCUCCGUUGCAAGUGCAAGAAAGACGAGAAAUGGGGAAGAUCGGUUGGGUGCUUUAUAAAAAGUAUUUUGGCGCAAGUAGCGGUUAUGUGCUUUUCUCAAUAACAGCUUUCUUUUGCGUAGCGGCGCAGUUACUGGGGUCCACAGGCGAUUAUUACGUCAAGCUUUGGGUUAAUAAAAACGAACAGGAAUUGACUACAUCAACACAGAGCUUGGAUGGCAGUUUUGCCAAUGAUACAGAUGUAAACCAUACCUCGCUGCGCAGCAAUACGGACCCAGUGGACAUUUACAUAUUUUUUGGAAUCACUUUGGCCAUCAUCUUAUUUGCAAUUGGGCGCAGUUUGCUUUUCAACACAAUAACCAUGCUCUCAUCGACUGAGCUGCACAAUGCAAUGUAUCAGGGCAUUACACGUGCCGCAAUGUACUUCUUCCAUACAAAUCCUUCCGGGCGUAUAUUAAAUCGUUUUUCAAAAGAUCUAGGCCAAGUGGAUGAGUUAUUGCCAUUUGUUAUGAUGGAUGUCAUACAGAAUUUUUUGAGCCUAAUUGGUAUCAUGGUUGUCAUAUCAAUUGUUAACCCAUUGAACUUGUUGAUAACCGCGGUAUUGAUAUUAAUUUUCUUUUCAAUGCGCUCAUUUUAUUUGAAUACCUCCCGUGACGUCAAACGUAUUGAAGCAGUUACUCGAUCGCCAAUUUACUCACAUUUGAGCGCCUCGCUGAAUGGCUUACCGACAAUACGUGCUUUUUGCGCUCAAAAGAUGUUGAUAAGUGAAUUUGAUAAUUACCAAGAUUUGCACAGUUCUGGCUACUAUAUGUUUCUAAUAACAAAUCGUGCAUUUGGCUACUGGCUGGACUGUUUUUGUGCCCUCUACUUAGCGGUUACUACUUUGAGCUUUUUAUUUUCCUCGCCUGACAAUGGUGGUGACGUCGGUUUGGCCAUCACUCAAGCCAUGGGUUUAACCGGCAUGGUGCAGUGGGGAAUGCGACAGUCGGCUGAGCUUGAAAAUUGCAUGACGAGUGUGGAACGUAUAAUAGAAUAUAAAGAGAUUGAGCCUGAGGGGGAUCUCGAAAGCCAGCCUAAAAAAAAACCACCGAAGGCUUGGCCUGAACAAGGCAAAAUAGUGUUUGACGAACUUAGCCUGCGCUAUUUUCCUGAUCCUAAAUCUGAUCGUGUGCUAAGCUUGUUAAGCUUUGAAAUACAACCAUGUGAAAAAAUAGGCAUCGUGGGACGUACGGGAGCAGGCAAAUCUUCGCUCAUAAAUGCCCUUUUUCGACUUUCCUACAAUGAGGGAUCCAUCAUUAUUGAUACGAGAAAUAUUGAGGAAUUGGGUUUGCAUGACCUACGCAGCAAAAUCUCAAUUAUUCCCCAAGAACCGGUGCUAUUCUCGGGCACAAUGCGUUAUAACCUCGAUCCAUUCGACGAAUAUUCCGAUGCCAGAUUGUGGGGUGUUCUUGAAGAGGUUGAACUAAAAAAUGCUGUAACGGAACUACCGAGUGGUUUACAGAGCAAGAUCUCUGAAGGAGGCAGCAAUUUUAGCGUUGGCCAACGUCAGCUAGUUUGUCUGGCGCGCGCUUUAUUGCGUGAGAAUAAAAUUCUGGUGCUUGAUGAGGCGACAGCAAACGUAGAUCCGAAGACGGACGCACUCAUUCAACUGACAAUAAGAAAUAUGUUCAAGAAUUGCACAGUCCUCACUAUCGCUCAUCGCCUGCAUACCGUUAUAGACUCCGAUAAGGUGCUGGUGAUGGAUGCUGGGCGCGCGGUGGAAUUUGGUACACCGUAUGAGCUGCUGACUACAAGCGAAACGAAAGUAUUUUAUGAUAUGGUGAAGCAAACAGGCAACAGCACAUUCGAUAAUCUCCUAACUAUAGCACGAAAGACAUACGAGCAGAGUUCGGGGUUGAAGGAAAAACAGGAAUAAGUAAACCCUAUUUGUGGCUAUGUAUACUAAAAAUCUCUGCCAGGAAUACGUAUUUGUACUUAGUAGAGUUAAAUGUAAUUAUAAUAUUAAAAUAAAGGUUUUCUAAGUAUUAAAAGCUCAAAAGCAAUUGUUAAA